CUUUUUGUCCGUGAAAUCAUGCCUUACUCAUAUCGAGAAACCUAGAUGACAGAGGCUUCUGCUCCCUGGCUAGUCUCCCUCCAUCAGCUUUCAGUCUUGGCUCCUGGAGCCACAGUCCACUCCACAGCAGUGUUUCCCUGGGUUCUAGCAGAGAGGGCUGUGAGCUGGGCUUGGUCCAUUUUUAUCAGUCUCGGGUUAUGCUGGAGUCUGCAGAGGUGGCUUUUCUGUCUAUAAGUUUGUGAUCUGUUUUCAGGAUCUGUUGCUUUCACUCAGUCAAACGAUCUCAUGCUCUGUUGUGGUUUGCAGGCUUUUCCAACGGUCGAGUGUUUAUAGGAAAUAGAUGUUCAGGACUGAGACAAACACUGUUACCAUUUUCAAAGCUGUGCUUUGACGACAGGGAUGGGAUGGAUAGCAGUCAAUUCCGUGCAGGAUGCUUUCUGCUUCCUGCAUACAAGGAGCAGGAGCCAAAAUCACUUGCAUGUGCUUGAGAGCUGGGAGUCAGAAACAGCCAUUGCCUCUUGGAUUUGCUAAGCCAGGCGAUGUGGCAGCACCUUGGGAAGAGCCCUCCCCUUUGAAGUGUGAAUGCUGAGCUUUCCUGUGACGUCUGGUCUCCUGUCUGAUCCCACCUACCAGUUCUUGUCCCUCAUAAACCCAUAUGAGUGUUGAGAGGCAGUCUGCCUCUACCCUUGGGUUUCUGGAUCCCAGCACACAGUCUUGUUUUAGUAGUCAUUUUCGUGAACCAUCCUCUAUAGUUCAGCUUGGGAAAGUCGGGAGCAGGCACAUGUGGGGGACUACCUGAACAGAGGGUUCAUCUACCCGUGCUGCAGAACGCCAGGCUGCUGUGUCUGCACCACUGCUAGGCUCUGAAACAUAGAAAGGAUGGGCUCAGGCCUGCCUGUGAACCCUUCUGAUGGGUCAGGAGAGGUAUUUCUCCAGGAGUAAGAAAUACCAGGAGGAUUUCUCAGGGAGUACCGUCUUCCGCUCGGACCAAAGCGGAAUCACUGUUUCUUUUGACUGGUCAAUGUCAGGGUUCAGAUUGUCCUUGGGUUGGGUUUCAGGAUCAGAGAGAAAAGAUCUGGGCUCUGGGGUCAGCAGCCUGGGUGGAGGAAGAGCAGGCCCUCCAGCCGGCAUCCCUGCAGCAAGUGUGGGAUUGCUCAGCACCACUGGCUCUGCAGAGGCACCCACACCCCUACCUGAAGGGCACGACCACAGCGUUAGAGUCUGAGGCCUGUUUUAGGGCCAUGGGCCCCUAGGCUGCCACCACUGGAGCUAGUUAGCUGAAUCCCCAACAGAAGCGUUUACAGCUAACUCAUCCCUGUGCCAACUGCCAUUCUCGGGAAUCCAGGAGGGUGACCUUUCCCACUGGCCCAGGCCACUUUGGCUUCUGUCAACAGAGGCCUCCGUCAAGCAGAAGGAAACUUGCUUGGCUGUCUUCUGAUAGAGCCAGCCAUGUUAGGUGUUGAGUAGCUGGUCAAGCAGGAUCCUUCUGGGGCCUGAUGAGAACUCUUUCUUUGCCAGGGCUCAUCUACAGCCUAUCGGGAUACCAGAAUCUCCCAGCAUAUUUAGAGGAUGACGUGUAGUCCCUGGACUUAUGUCCCUGUGCCUGUUUUAUCUUUUUUGCCCGUCUGCAUCUGUACUUGGGAUUGGGCCUGAUUUCCCCUUGUCCUUGGCCAUUGCUCUCCUCCCGCAGAGUGUGAGUGGCCUGCUCUGGGGAUAGGGCUCUUCCGCUGGGCUCUAAGAAGCCCCAAGAGAAAUCUGUCUCCAAUUUGUUUGGUAUACUCACCUAAGGAACAAUCAAGUGUAAUGGCCUUAUUUUAUUGCCUGUUUUUAUGAUGAAGCACAGUCAUUCCAAGGUGGCACAUUGGGGCAAGGGGGUCACUUAACCUGUGGGCUAUGCCCUUUGGGGCUGGUCAUUCCUUUGUUCUCUCCUGGCUGUCCUGGAAACUGUCUAACAAAGCUCUAGGAGCAUUCCCUCUCUAUUCUUCCUGACAAGCUGUUUCCAGCCCCUGGAGCUGGAGGUAAAGUUUCACAUCUCCGCCCUUCAUACGCAUUUGUGCAGCCAACAUCAGAUCUUGGGAGAUCUGUCAUUUUGCUCUGAUGCUAGUGCUGCUGUCUCCUUCUCCCUCAGCAGCCACAGCAGCAGCCACUUCUGCUCCGAUGUGAUGUCCGAUCCCUGAUGUAUUUUCCUGAGCUUGGAAGGGGGAGGGUGAGGAGGGGAGGAAGGGGAGGGCCAGACAUUACGAGAGUGAGCAAGGACUGUGGAGCCAGCAGCAGGCAGCGUGGAGCCCAGGAGCCUUUAGACAAAGCAUUCUGCCGCGGCUCUGUCAGCGCGCACAUCCUCCGGCAGCAGGCAGGACCACAGCUGCCCGGCUGGGGGAUUACAAGCAAGAAUGAAUCAGCACCCGGGGACACUUGACUUCAUGGGCAUACGAGAACGUGCUGCUUAGGCUCCUGGAGCAGACUUCCCCAUUCAAGGACAGGGGAGCUCAAGUAUUCCCCCAGACUUGGCAUCUUGGAGUGCUGCGGCAGCGUGCAUCCAGAAGGCCGCCGGGUCCCUGACACCAUCUGUUCUGCAGGAGACAGAGGAGAGGGAGUGGAGGCUGGCACAGUUGGUACCAGGGUCUUGUAGAUAACUGAGCAAGUUGUCACGGUCCUGCCCCGAGGGGCAGAAAGUCCCUGGGAACGGCAGAAUGACUUUCACCGUGUCAAGAGUUCACUGGAGGUGAUGUUUUUAUAGUUGGUUCUUCUUUUUCCUUCCUUGUACCUCUUUUUCCUCCUCUUCUCUUUUUUCUUUCUUUCGUCCGUUCUUGCCCACAAGAAUCAGAGAAGUAGGUUGGGGUUCAGACAUCCAGCUCAGAACAUCCAGGGUCUGCCAGGAAGAGCCGAACGUCUGUCCUCCCUGCACCACUACGAUCCCUAUCCAGGCGGAGGAGCAAAUAGAUGUCCUCCCUUCCCUGCUCAUCCUUGGAGGAGAACGUCAAGAUCCGGAGACCCUGGGAUGACUGUUGCUGUCUUCAUCGCUCAGCCGAAGAGAGAGCAGCGCAGGACGUGAAUAGACUGAAGCUACCACAGCUCAGCUGACGGAGGACCACUUCCUUUUUCUGUCGCUUUUAUCUGGUUGGGUUUUGUCUUCCUUAGCCAAGAACUGAAUUUUCCUGCCUGCUCUCCACCUGAGCAGGCAGGUGAGUCACAGGAACAGCUACCAUCAGAAGACGAAAAUCAGCGCCCAGCUCCUGAAAACCAGCCCGGCCCAAGAAGGCAGCACUUCAGACAGCGCGCUGGCCCAGGAGACGCCCUGCUCGCCAGCCGCCAGAGUCUAGCUGUGGACCGGGCUCCUGGCCCGCUGGCCAUGCAGCCUGGCGGAAUGCGAUGCUGCCGUCCCAGCAGAGCCACACCUGAGCCUGACCCCCCGAGGCCUGGCCCAUGUGCCCCACUCAGCCCCUUGCUGCCUUGAACCUCUGAGUACAAAGGGCCGGUGGCCAUGGUUUGCUUAUUCCGGGACUGCUGGGGGAAAACAAGUUCGCGGACGCUGGAGCAGAGUGUCGGGGAGUGGCUCGAGUCGAUUGGGCUGCAGCAGUAUGAGAGCAAGUUGCUUCUGAAUGGCUUUGACGAUGUCCGCUUCCUGGGGUCUAACGUGAUGGAAGAGCAGGACCUGCGGGACAUCGGCAUCAGCGACCCACAGCACCGGCGGAAGCUGCUCCAGGCCGCACGCUCCCUGCCCAAGGUGAAAGCUUUGGGCUAUGACGGGAACAGCCCCCCUUCGGUGCCCUCCUGGCUGGACUCCCUGGGGCUGCAGGACUACGUCCAUUCCUUCCUGUCAAGUGGUUACAGCUCCAUUGACACCGUGAAGAACCUCUGGGAGCUAGAGCUCGUCAACGUCCUGAAGGUCCAGCUGCUCGGCCAUCGCAAGCGCAUCAUCGCCUCCCUCGCAGACAGGCCCUACGAAGAGCCGCCGCAGAAGCCUCCCAGGUUCUCCCAGCUGAGGUGCCAAGAUUUGCUCUCCCAGACGUCCUCUCCGCUGAGCCAGAAUGAUUCCUGCACCGGGCGGUCAGCAGACCUGCUGCUACCUCCAGGGGACACAGGCAGGAGGCGUCACGACAGUCUCCAUGACCCCGCGGCACCCUCCCGAGCGGAGCGCUUCAGGAUCCAGGAGGAGCACCGCGAGGCCAAGCUGACCCUGCGGCCCCCCAGCCUGGCAGCGCCCUACGCCCCAGUGCAGAGUUGGCAACACCAGCCAGAGAAACUCAUCUUCGAGUCCUGCGGUUAUGAAGCCAAUUACCUGGGCUCCAUGCUGAUCAAAGAUCUUCGAGGGACAGAAUCCACGCAGGAUGCCUGUGCCAAGAUGCGGAAAUCCACCGAGCACAUGAAGAAGAUCCCCACCAUUAUCCUGUCCAUCACAUACAAAGGUGUCAAGUUCAUCGAUGCCUCCAACAAGAACGUCAUCGCGGAGCAUGAGAUCCGGAAUAUUUCCUGUGCCGCCCAGGACCCAGAGGACCUCUGUACCUUCGCCUACAUCACCAAGGACCUGCAGACCAGCCACCACUAUUGCCAUGUGUUCAGCACGGUGGAUGUGAACCUGACCUACGAAAUCAUCCUGACGCUGGGGCAGGCCUUUGAGGUGGCCUAUCAGUUGGCCCUGCAGGCCCAGAAGUCCAGGCCGAUGGGCGCCUCUGCAGCUGAGAUGAUUGAAACAAAAUCUUCCAAACCGGUGCCUAAGCCUCGGGUCGGCGUGAGGAAAUCCGCACUGGAACCACCUGAUAUGGACCAAGAUGCGCAAUCCCAUGCCAGUGUCUCCUGGGUUGUGGACCCCAAACCAGACUCUAAGCGGAGCCUCAGCACCAAGUAUGAGACCACUAUCUUCUAAAACAACCCACUCCCUGUCUCCACUAGUCUCACUGUGCCUUUGCCAUCCGAUCUUUCUGCUGUCCUCAACUCUCUCCUUCCAGCUGCUGACGCCACGGCCCCACCUGCACUGGGACCCGCUCCUCCUGGGCGGGCAGCAGCGUAGACGCUGUACCCUCGCAGCUCUCGCACCUACCACCACUGAACACUGUGAAUUCUCCCCCUUGGGCUGAGGACAGCUUGGGGGGGGUGAGUUGCCUUUGAGGUGGGCACCAAGAGGGCUCCAGGGGCCUGUUGCACCCCAGAAGCCUCCACAGGCAGGCACUGUGAACCCUGACGGGCAGGGUGGUCUCCAGCAGACUCCCAGUGGCACUGAUAGCUCCCCGGGGUUGGGCUGGGCUCUGUGCGGCGCCCUCCGUCUGUCUGCUGUACUGAGCCACAGCUGGGCACUGUUGCCGAGAGCUGACUGUCCUCACCUCUCCUGAAACAACCAACCACUGUGACCACCCAGUGCCAGAGUCCCCAGCACUCUGCUCACAGCCGGCCUGCAGCCCCACCCCACUGUCCUCCACUGCUCUGAGGUGCUGGCCUCACUCUCAUGGCCAGGCCCGUGUGAGACCUUGAGCUCAGUGAUGUGGCUUGACCAGGGACAGACUGCUUUCUGUCAGGGCCCAAGAUAAUGCACCAGGCCCCUGGGCCUGUGCUGACUGCCCCGCUUGGGGCUCUGGGUAUCUGAACACUCACAGGCUGGCUCACACAGCAGGUGCCUCAGUCCUGAUGAGCCUUCCCCUCCAAGGAGCGAGGUGGCACGUGUGUGGGUGGCCCCUCGUAUCUUCGCCACAGAAUCUCGAGGCCUGGAAGCCUUGGGCCUGGCUCUGGAGGCUAGCUCACUGAGGAGGAAGGCCUUCCGAAGGACCAGCGAGGCGGCGGCCUGUGCCCUGUAUGCACGGCGCACCUUCUUCCCUCACAGAACAGAGCCGCUGGAGGACGGGCCUACACCCAGUGGCCUCCAUGUCCUCCAGGAGCGUUCUGACAUGCUCCACAGUGGGGGAUCGCAGAUAGUCAGCGCCGUCCAGUGCACCCCUGACCGCCUCCCUCAGCCUCCUGACUCCUCCGAGAGGAGAGGCCAUCCCCUCACAGCAGCUCAGCAGCUGGGAUGGUGGAGCUGAGUCUCUGAAGAGGCCCCGCGUUCUCCAGUGUGGGCAAAUCAGUUUGGAUGGCAGGAGACAGGAAGGAAGAGGUGCUGUAGGCGGCCGUGCACACGUAGCAGAGUCCACUAGGAAAGCCGGUCGGCCACGACACUCAAAACCCAAGUCGAUAAACGGGGUGGGUUCUGCGCACCCGCCCAUCCUUGUGCCUUCCUGAGCAGACUCGCUGAGCCAGCGGUGGCUGGGGGCUGCGGGCCGUGGGUGCAGGCGUGGAGGGCACCCGGGGAGGCUGUGAGGGAUCUGUCCUGCUUUGUUUCCUUUCCAUUUCCUCCACCGUCCGCAGGCCCCAUUGGUUAACCCUUUCCUCCUCCCAUUGUUUGCUUCUGCCAAGCUGAGCCACUGAGGAACCACACUGUGCUGCGGAAACAUAGAUGUGGGGGCACAGGCUCCCACCGCCGCUGCCACCGCCUCGCCUGCAGCUUCGAAGACCCAGGCCUCACCUCCGCCUGCAGGACGCCCUCUUGGCCACUUGGCCUGGGCCUGCCACCACCGCGUCUUGCAGAGUGAGCCCUGCCUUGGCUGCGGAGAAGCACUCCAGGCCGCUAGCAGAUGGGACUGGCAUUCCAGAGGGUCAAGAAAGUGACUUGUUCAGAACACAUUGUUUUUAAUAGAAAAAAAAAUCUUUUUAUAAAAUGAACUUUUAACACUUGGCUCAAACCUCUAGGUCAUACUGCCAAUCUUUAGACGAAUGGCCAUUGGGCAGAGGACAGGGGAGCUGAGGUUGGUUCAGAGGCCAGUCUGCACGGUCUCUGUCCUCAGGAUGGGAUCUGGGUGCAGGAUCUGGGUGGGUCUGAAGAGAAGGCGGUGGUCUGUGGGUGAGGGGAACGGAGCAGGCUCCAGCAGAAUUGAGUAGAGUGAGUCUGCUUUUCAAACAACCAUGUCAGCUGCUGCUGUUUAUGAACUGCCCAACUUCCUGUCCCCAUCAGGGGCUGGACACAGGCUUCUUGCAAGAACACGGCCUUAAAGGCACCUGGGCAAAACAAAGGUCUCUGGUCUGUUUCUGGGGUUCCUGAUGGGAAGGUUCAGUGGCCAAAUGAAGAUAAGUGUGCAGUUUCUGGUGCUGGGAAGUCUUAGCCAGUGCCAGAGUGCCAGGCCUCUCCCUGGCCUCUCACCUGUCAGUGAGUAGAGGACUACCCUGGGCUGGCUGGCCGCAGGCUGGCUGGUGCCGUACUGCCUGUAGUGUGUCAGAGAACAGGAAAAGCAGCUUUGUGUGGGGCAUUAAUAUUUGGGGUAGGUCAGCUAAGGUUGCUACUUGCUAAUUUGUGAUUUGUCUAAUCAGCCUGUGUGACUGGGGCACAUUCUGAUUCUCUGAAUUAUUGGUUUGACAGUUACAUGUUCGGCUGCUGGGCUCAUCCCUGGCCCCUGGUGUGGAAAAAGGCUAAAUAAGGUGACAGUGCAUUUAUGCUCCCCAGCAUGGCCUCUGGGGCAGGCUGGCAUCCUGAUGUGCCACUGCUGCUUAAGCUUUCCCACUGGCUCGCUUUGCUUUUAAAAGUAACUUGGGUUUCAUUCUUCCCUCUGGACUAGAGUAGAAACGCAGGGGAACCCCCUGUGGGGUUGAGAGGCAAAGCUGGCUCAGUUGUGUGCCCAGUUCCUCCCGUGGGCACUUUAGCAGGCUCCGAGCUUUCCUGGCAUGGGUCAUUCUGGUCCCAGGAUGAAUAGUCCAGGUUUCAGCAACACUCCUCUUUCCCAGCAAAGGCUGUGAAUUUAAAUUCUUUGUUGGUGUGUAUGUGCAAGCAUUGCUCUCGGGCACAUUCUCAACCCGUGGUGUUGGCCAGAAGUGGGGCUGUGUCUCUGGCUGGCUUGAAGCCGGGCCUUGUGAGUUUCUGUCUGCUGAGCACUCAACAGAGUGGGGCCUGGGACCCAGCUCCCUCUGCAGCAGAGGCAGACCCUCCUCCACUUCUCGGUACUAAACGAAGACCUCAACACCUUGCAGUUUUACUUCAUUUCCUGCUCCUUUCAGGGGCUGUGAGGAUUCCCAUGAGCUCAUGCCGUACAGUACUCAGCCCCGACUUUCUUCCAGGGCUUGACGAGGAACCCUAAACCAUCCGGAGCAGACUGUGCUGCUGCCGCGCGUGUGGUGGCACCCGUCUCUUCCUCCUGAGGGGCCAGGCCACGUCUAAGUGGGCCUCUGUCAGGCGUGGGAGGUCUGAAAGAAACUGCAGACACUACGAUGCGCUCCUCAAGCUGUCUUUUGUGCUUAGAUCAUCCAUAGGUGUUUCUUCCGCUUGAAGCUGCUAUAUCUUUAUUUAUUCAGGGUAUUUUCAUAUGGGAAGCCUUGGCUAGUCUGCUCUGGCUCUGGGUUUUGUUUAGAGAUUGGUUUAUUUCUGAACAUUCAAGAAAGGAAAAUGACUGGGUCCUCCCUCCCUCCUUCCCUCCCUCUCUU